UCCUUCCAGCCUCCGAAAAACUUACCUCACUGCCUCUUACAGAGUCCCAACCUAUCCAGCCCAUCACCCUUUGCACAUCAACACAUGAAAUCUCUACUCCAAAAAAGAAAAAAAAAAACAAAACAAAACAAAAAAACCUCUAAAUAUGAGGGUAAUAUGGGGAUUCCAAAAAGUCCAGCCCGUUUAACAGCGUCGUACCAUGUCCACAAUCCAAAUUACCCCCCCCCUCGCAGACCCAAAACUGCACUGAACGCUCUCCUCUUCUCGUCUCCUCAAGGCCGAAGCAGAUAAACACUUGGCAGUUUCUUACGGCACGGUUUGAUGAAAAGCUCCAAUUCCUACGGUUAACCACACGAAGCCUUGUGCAAAACAAACAACCCUACUUUCAAACAAAACCCUAAUCGUCAAUUAAAAGAGGUUUUUCCCUAAUUCCCUCUCCAUGACGUCGGAAAUCGACCUACUUGUUAUGCUUACCCGCCGUUGAUUCUCGCCGGCGUCAAAAGCAUUCGAUUUUUACAGCAGCUCCUUUUGGAAGGUUGCAUUUUGAAGGUCUGCCCUGUUUUUGAUUGUUGAUCAGCCUUCAAUAGCAACAAUGGGCAGUUCAUUUAAUCCGCAAAUCUUGGUGGAAAAGCUAGCCAAGCUCAAUAACUCCCAAGCAAGCAUAGAGACUUUAUCACAUUGGUGUAUUUUCCAUAUGAAUAAGGCAAAACAAGUUGUUGAAACUUGGGACAGACAAUUUCACUGCUCUCCUCGUGAGCAGAGAUUGGCCUUUCUGUAUCUUGCCAAUGACAUUUUGCAGAAUAGCAGGCGGAAGGGUUCAGAGUUUGUUGGUGAAUUUUGGAAGGUUCUUCCUGAUGCACUUCGUGAUGUGAUUGAAAGCGGGGAUGAGUUUGGAAGGAAUGCUGCAUUGCGUCUGAUCAGUAUAUGGGAAGAGAGAAAAGUAUUUGGUUCCCGGGGACAAAUUCUUAAGGAAGAGCUUGUUGGCAGACAAUCAGAAAAUAAUAAUAGAAAUGGCAGGCAUAUAGGCGCCAAGCUGCAGAAGCAACCUGUUGGAAGUACAGUGGACAAAAUAGUUUCAGGCUAUCAAGUUGUUUAUGGUAGUCAGAUGGAUGAAGAUGUUAUAUUCAGCAGGUGUAGGAAUGCUAUUAACUGUAUUGAGAAAGUAGAUAAGGAAACUAGAACUGAUGUCAAUUCAGGCCAGUUUCAUGGAUCUGCACUAGUGGAGGAGGUGCAGGGUCAUCAUGCUGUGUUGAGAGACUGUAUUGAGCAGCUAACAAUUGUUGCAUCAUCAAGAGCUAGUCUAGUCUCACAUUUGAGAGAGGCUCUUCAGGAACAGGAACUCAAGCUGGAGCAAGUUCAUACUCAGCUUCAGGCAGCACAGUCCCAAUCGGAACAGGCUGGUAAUAUAUGUAGACAGUUAUUAAAUUGUGACAAUCCCCAGUUAGUGGCUGAGCCAAGUUCAAAGGAAUCUCACACAUCUGUUGCACCUCAAAGUUUUUUUCCGGGUGCUGCAGAGCAAUCAGCUCCUGUGAUGUAUGCCCGGCAAGUAUCUUUUCCUGAUAAUUCUGGCCACAUUGAGGAAGAUCCUCGGAAAUCUGCAGCUGCUGCAGUGGCAGCAAAGCUAACUGCAUCGACGUCCUCAGCUGAGAUGCUUUCUUACGUCCUCUCUUCCCUUGCGUCCGAGGGUGUCAUUGGCAAUCCUAUGAAAGAAUCUUCUGGUGAUUACCCUUCUGAGAAGAGGCCUAAGCUUGAGAAUGACCAGCCUUAUAUACCAUCUCAGAAUCCCCAACAAGCUUCAGUUCCACCAUUCCCACCUCCCGAAUCUCACCAACACAUUGUUGUGGCCACAACCCAGCAAUUAACUCCAAAUGAAGUGCCACCUCCUCCAUCCUCAUCUCCUCCACCUUUGCCACCGCUGCCACCAAUGCCACCUUAUGCUGUGCCCCAGUACUUGCCAACUGCUGGAUCAAUAAAUGGUGCACCAUAUAGCUACGGCAUGACUCCAUCACAGCACCCUUCCUUGCCUGGUUAUUCAGUGGUUGGGCCUGCAAUGACCAGCGUCUCCACAUUUGCCUCAACAUCAACUAAUUCGUACCAGAGUUUCCAAGGUUCUGAAGGCUUCUAUAAUCAGCCAUCAUCGGUGCCGACAGCACCGAUUCCUCGGCAAUAGAACUUCAGUUAGGAUGCUUAAACUGAAAUAUUUUUGUCAGAUAAGACGUUUUUGUUCAGAAAGUAGUCCUCUCAGCACCAGACAUUUCUUUGUUUGGGUGCCACGUAGUGUACAUCAUGUGCACAUUGUAAAUGUUUUGUAACUUAUAUUUUUCCAUCGUGUUUGAGUCUUUGGUAUUUAAAACUAUUUAUCACAUUCUUGAAUUGGAUUGGAUAACAAGAUUUUAGUUAGCUUGAUUGGUCGGUUGCAUGAUUCACCAAUAUAGUUGAUUUUGU